AAUGCAGAACCAAAUUACUGAUACAGGAAAUUUUUCAAAUAUUGAAAACUCUUUUAACUAUUAAGAUGAUGACAGAAGUUAUCAAGACUUACAAACUCUUAUUCAAUAGCUUCAAGGGGCAAGAUAAAAAUUUUAUGCAAUGUUUUAAUUAACAUAAGUAGAAAAUUAAAACGACUUGUAAUAAUCACAAGAAAAUAAUUAUUGUGAGUCAUUAGAAAACAGUGAUUUCCUAAAUAGCAAAGAAAUAAAAAUUUCUUACUUUGAAAGUAAGCAAAUUGAAAAUCUUCUAAAAUCAUUAUAUGACAAAAUUGAAUUUUUAAAGGAAAAAUAAGUUUAACGUGCCAAUAAAGAUAAUUUGGAAAAGUAAAUUUACAGCAUUACAGAAUAAUUAUCAAAAGAGAGAUUGAAGUAGCCAAAAAAUUUACAAACUGUUUAAGGAUUAAAAGCUUAAUUAAAGGAAAAAAGUAAGUAACUUUUUUAGAAAUAUGAAACCAUAAAUAAGCACAUUAAAGAGAUGUUAAAGCCAGUCGAUAAUGAGGAAUAGGAUGAGGAUGUAAAUUUCGUUAUAUGA